GGGGGUAAGCAAUUAAUAAAGUUAGGGGGGGUGCGGUUCAGGAAGGAGCGAAAGGGAAAUCAGAAAAUGGCACAGUCCUCCUCGAUCGUCGUUACUCUGAGGCAGCACUUGUUUAAAAGGAACCUCACCUCUCUCACUCUGCCUCACUCUCCUUCUCUUCCUUCCUUCUCCUUCUCUCUGAGAACAACACCCCACACUCCUCUCUCUCUCUCCGCUUCCUUCUCUUCUCACACCUCCAUGGCCCACACUUCCCUUCCCUCCGCCGAUGCCGGCAUGGACGCUGUCCAGCGCCGUCUCAUGUUCGAAGACGAAUGCAUUUUGGUGGAUGAGAAUGACCGUGUGGUUGGUCAUGAUUCAAAAUACAAUUGUCACUUGAUGGAAAAGAUUGAAGCUGAGAAUUUGCUGCAUAGAGCUUUCAGUGUAUUCCUGUUCAACUCAAAGUAUGAGUUGCUUCUUCAGCAACGAUCUGCAACAAAGGUAACUUUCCCUCUUGUGUGGACAAACACCUGUUGUAGCCAUCCUCUGUACCGUGAAUCUGAGCUUAUUGAUGAGAAUGCCCUUGGAGUAAGAAACGCAGCUCAGAGGAAGCUUUUGGAUGAGCUUGGUAUUGUUGCCGAAGAUGUACCAGUUGAUAAGUUCACCCCCUUGGGUCGCAUUCUUUACAAGGCACCUUCUGAUGGCAAAUGGGGAGAGCAUGAACUGGACUAUCUGCUUUUCAUUGUCCGGGAUGUUAAUGUGAACCCCAAUCCUGAUGAAGUGGCUGAUAUCAAAUAUGUGAACCGUGAUCAGUUGAAGGAGCUGUUGAGGAAAGCUGAUGCAGGUGAGGAAGGUCUGAAGCUAUCACCUUGGUUCAGACUAGUUGUGGACAAUUUCUUAUUCAAAUGGUGGGACCAUCUUGAGCAAGGAACUCUUGGGGAGGCCACUGACAUGAAGACCAUUCACAAGUUGACAUAAGUAAGUUCAGAGGAGCUUCCUGCAUCCCUGUAAUGAAGGGUGGCUGCAUUCCGACCAAAUAAGAACGAAAUUGGACCUAUUUUGAGAAGAAUUUCGGAGCAGUGACUUAUAGGAUGUUGUUGGUCUUUUUGUUAUUCGAUGAUAGCUAGAACAAUAAACGUCUGAGUGUUUAAAUUAGAAGAAUUUUUUGUUGUUGCAAAUUUCGGAUUUUGGGAUGCAGGCAAGUUUAUCGGAAUAAGAAUACAAGAUGUUGGUGAUUUGAAUCAAGUUUA